AUGACAAACAAAUGUCACUCCACAGACGACAAUUCAGACGACAUUGAGGAGAUUGAGGAGCUGAGUCUCUGCUGUUUGUGUGGUCAAACCUUUCCGAACCCCGAGUCCCUCCAUGAACACUUCACCGUUGCUCACGAAGGUAGGGCACUUUUACGUCUUCCAGCUACCGACCGCUCUCUGUAA